AAUUGGCAUUGGGUUAGAUGACCUUCUCUAGCCUCACCGCCUCCGGUGGCUGUUUCUUCUCUGUUCCCUUCGUCUCUCGCCGAGAACCAAAGCUUUAAGCUCUUCGCCUCCACCAUUCUCCCGGAUUAUAUCCGACAUCAAUCUCGAUUUCCAUGACUAUUUCAGGAAUCCUGUUUGGUUUUCCGGUAGUCGGAGAACAGUGAGUUGCGUUCGCCGACGGCUAUUGAGUGGGAAGGAUGGCUACAUAGGGCGAGUUUCAUUCGUCCGGUGAAGUGUGCAACGAGAUAUACACAUCAAGUUGCGAGGUCUUCGGUUUUCUGAUAAGACAUUUCGCGAGGCUCUGAUCUCUUGUUUAAACUUUUCAUUCUACUUUGAGUUUGUUUGAUUGCAAUUAGUUGCAUGGUUAAGUCCUUUGUAGUGAUGAACUGUUUUUCUUUUGUAAAUUUGGAUUGGUUCUUUUUGUCUGCGUAGAGUCUUCAUUUUUGUUGUCUUCUAUCUCUGCUUGCUUACAGGCCGGUUAAAUUCGGGUCUGCAGAUAACGCUAAGUCCGUGGUGCUUCUUUUUGUUCUGCAGAUAACCCUCUUUGAUUUUUUUUAAAUCUUUAGAGAGAAUGAUAAGAGAUUCUGGGUUCUCAGAUGUUUCUGCUUUAUGAUUCUUCCCCCUGUUCAAUAAAAUCUGACGUUCUUAUUGUUUUUCGUAUAAAUGGGUAAGUUGUAAUAUCUAGUGCAGAGUUAACAAGAAGAGAGGGAUACAAGAUUAUGUUCAUUUUUUCUGACAUUUGGAUUUUGGUAAUUUGAUUGCGAUAUUGCAAUGCGUUGAUAAGUUUAUUAGAUAAUGUAUAUCUCUGUGCCUGCCGACGGUUUCUUGUUUGAUUUGAAUUUUUUUUUAUGUUGAUUUGUUGUGCUGAGAGAGAAUUUGUUUAUGGUUUUCUAUAAAUGUGAGUCGUUUAACAUGUGUUUCAUGUUCCGCUUCUUAAAUUAUUGACUCAUGCAAUUUCUUUGUCUCAUUUUUAGAUGGCCAGAUGGGACGAAAUUUUUUCUCUUCCAGUACAGAAUCCUCCAACCUUGGAAUUUUCAUCUUCUGAUCUUGUGUGGUCAAAGGUUGAAGGAUGGCGUAACAACAUGGAUAGAGUUGCUGUAAUCCCUUUUGCUAGAGUUGAUGAUUUUGUUCAUGGUGAAUCUUCAAAUAAAGAAUGUCCAACCAGAUUUUAUGUUGAAACAAGGCGACGUCGAGCAUUGGAAGCACCGUUCAAGGCAAAGGUUGAUGGUGUGUUGGAAUACAUUUUGUAUUGGUGUUCGUUUGGUCCUGAUGACCAUAGGAUGGGGGGAGACAUACGACCCAGUAGAAAUACUUCUAUACCGAAGAAGAAAAAUGCUGGGCGGCCAAACACUAAGAGGGGUUGCACCUGCCACUUUAUUGUCAAACGCUUAAUGGCUGAACCGUCUAUUGCACUGAUCUUAUAUAAUGAAGAUAAGCAUGUUGAUAAGACGGGGUUGCCAUGUCAUGGUCCUCAAGACAAGAAGGCUGAGGGUACUCGUGCUAUGUUUGCACCAUACAUCUCUGAAGAUCUUCGCCUACGUGUAUUGUCGCUUCUAUAUGUUGGUGUUUCUGUGGAGACCAUUAUGCAGAGACAUAAUGAAUUGGUGGAGAAACAGGGUGGUCCAUCCAACCGUGAUGACCUUUUAACCCAUAGGUACGUAAGAAGACAGGAGAGAAGCAUUAGGCGUUCCACUCAUGAACUUGAUGAAGAUGAUGCAGUAAGCAUCAACAUGUGGGUUGAAGGCCAUCGAAGCAAUGUUUUCUUUUAUGAAGAUUUUACUGAUACGGACAACUUUACUUUGGGAAUUCAAACGGAGUGGCAAUUGCAACAAAUGAUACGAUUUGGCAAUCGUGGCCUACUUGCAUCAGAUUCCAGGUUUGGAACAAACAAGUUGAAGUUUCCAGUUCACAGUCUGGUAGUAUUCAAUUUAGACUACAACGCAAUUCCAGUAGCCUGGAUUAUAUCACCGAGAUUUGCUAGUGGGGAUACCCAUAGGUGGAUGAGGGCUCUUCAUAGUAGAGUUCAAACCAAAGAUCCGUCAUGGAAGUUGGCUGGCUUUGUUGUGGAUGAUCCUCUUGCUGAUGUACCAACAAUAAGGGAGAUAUUUCAGUGUUCUGUUUUAUUAAGCUUUUGGCGUGUCCGCCAUGCAUGGCAUAAAAACAUAUUGAAGAAAUGUGCAGAAAUUGAGAAGCAAGCUGAGAUAUUAAGACAACUUGGGCAAGCAGUGGACAGAGUUUGCCAAGGUGAUGAAAAGGUGGAUUCAUUUGAACAGCUGAUUAAACAUCAAAUUGAUGAUCCAGAUUUUAUUGACUACUUUAAGGCAACCUGGUGUCCGAGACUAGGGAUGUGGACUACUGCACUGAAAAACCUCCCACUGACCAGCCUCGAAACAUGUGCUGCAAUGGAGCUUUACCACAACCAGUUGAAGGUUAGAUUGCUGAAUGAGAAAGAUAUUGCUGUUUAUCAGCGUACAGACUGGUUGGUCGACAAGCUGAGUACAAAGGUACAUUCUUACUUUUGGCUUGAUGAGUACUCAGAGAAGAAUAGUUUUUCUCGGUAUUGGAAAGAUGAGUGGAUGUGUGGUUUGACAUACUGGCGCAGAGCAUUGAGAAUUCCAGACUCUGAUGUUAUUCUUGAAGGCAGUACUGCAAAAGUUACCGACCAAAUUACUCGAGACAGGAAACUUGUUGUCUGGAAUCCGGGUUCGCAGUUUGGUCUUUGUGAUUGUCGAUGGGCAGAAAUGGGUAAUCUAUGUGAGCAUAUGUGCAAAGUUAUUAACAUAUGCCGUAAAAAAGGGACUACAAGACCAUCAGUGAGCUUAUUGCAGUACCAGAAGGCCUUGAUUGACAUUCUGCGUAGUCCACCUCAUGAUUCUUUAAUACGUGAUCAUGCUGUAUCCUUUGCAAUGUCUGUCCAGAAGAAGUUGCAUGCACUAAUCCGUAUGGAAAGCAACCUAGAGUCUAGGAGUUCUUUUCGGGACCAUAUGAUAAAAACCCUGGAAUGUCGAACUGAUAGGGAAAUAUCUACUGAAGACACACAAUUUCUGAGGGAUAAUGUACUUUGGGACAAGUCUGAGUCGAAUCAGCAUGAGAUUGACUCUGCCUCUGGUCAGGAAGCUUCUAAUAAUAUUACUGAUAAUGCUAGUUGUGAGCUCGUUGAUUUAACUGUGACUGGAAACCGUGUGGAUGGUAAAACUCCUGGGGAAGAAUUCCCUUGUACAUUGGAUACUCACCAGCUUCCUAAAGUACACUGACUUGUCCCUCAGUUGAAAGACUAAUGCACCCCUCGAGAUAUGAAUGAGGCCCUGGAGAGGUUGUAGGUAGCAUCGAUCUACAUAUCACCACCUCCUCUAAAUUCUGUUGAAGAGGUUGUAGGUAGCAAUUCCUUCCGACAAAGUAAAAAUAUAGUACCAACUGAUAUGGAGUACGAAAGUCUACCUUCCAGUUACAGUACUGUCGGUAAUUUAAAUAAAUUUGUAGACAAUCAGCCUCAUCAAGAACAGAUAGAAGUAGAUCCACAUGCCAGAUAUGAUGUUUUUCUACUUUAAACGCAGAAUAUGAAAGCACGAGAUGCUUUCUGCGUGUCUGGGUAGUGUCUGAUCAUUGCUGCCUGGGAUACUCAACUUGCUGGAUGUUCCUACAUGAAUAUGAAUUUUUGUAUACUGACUUUACAAAUAAAGUACCAUUGUACAGUGAGCCACUUGCAAAUGAAAUUAGAUCUCAUGUGGUUGAGUUUAGGAGAGAUGUGGAGAAGCAAAUUUGAUUCCUGUCGUGUGAACGUAUGGUUGGUUUCUGCUAAAAGAUUCAAGUUAACCUUGUCUUUAGGCAGACUGAGAUAUCCAUCAGUGAAGGUUGAUGCCAUUUCAUUGAGACAGAUGAAGCUUUCUCACUGUUCUUGAGUUACAUUUGUAAAUGGUUGAUUGAAUAGAAAGCAGGCAGAAUUUCAACGCGAAGGCUCUGCUUGUUCAAUUCUACCUGAUCAAACUGAUGUUACAACCAGAUUUGUUGAUUUGCCGGAAGCCCCGGAGCCUUUAGUAGUUUGUUAUCAACCAAGUCUUGUAUGGUAGAUGUUAUAUCCCACAUCGGUUAAAGAGGAUAACGAACCAUUCUAAGGGUGUGGAAACCUCUCUCUAGUAGACACGUUUUAAAACCGUGAAGCUGACAAUGAUAGGUAACGGGCUGAAAUGGACAAUAUCUACUAGCGGUGGAUUUGGGUCGUUAAAAAUUGUAUCAGAGCUAGACGCCGGACGCUGGCUCCCAAGGUAAGUGGAUUGUGAUAUCCCACAUCGGUUGGAGAGGGAAAAGAAACAUUCCUUAUAAGGAUAUGAAAACCUAUCCCUAGUAAACACGUUUUAAAAUCGUGAGACUAACGAUGAUACCCAACGGGUCGAGGCGAACAAUACCUAUUAGCGAUCUAUUAGCGAUGGAUUUGGAAACUAAGGAACCAAAGUUAAACAGCACAGAGCACAGAGGUAAUGAAAUUUGCAAAAGGCUAUUGAUUUGUCCAAAACAAUGAGUUCACAAUCCUUCUGAGAUCACUGGCUUAUGUGUCUGUUAUUUUCUUAUUAAAUCUUAUGGGUUCUGGAUUUUUUCUUAAAUUAAAUGAAGGGCUGACAGUGGACCAGAGGAUCAAUACACUGGAGAUUGGUACUGAAUCAUGAAUUUGUCUGCUGUGUGUCUCUCCUCAUCUGGGUAAUCCCUUUUUCUUCAACAGAUCACUCAUGACCCUUGCAACUUGAAAUGUAAUCAAAUCUCAGAGAGAGAUAUGUGGAUACUCUUAUAGGCCGGAGCUCAAAGAACAAAUAGGCGUCGAGGGGGUCAUUGUCGUUCCCGUAUCACCCAUCCUUGCCUUCCCCUUCACAUGGCUUAGUGAAGGCUUAGUGAAGUUUGAUGAGAUCAGAUCUCUCAAAAUUAGGGUACCAUCGGAAGUCCUUCUUCGUCUCAUAAAUUAGGGUACCAUUCACUUGAAGGAAAAAGAAAUUUGCCCUUUAUCAAAUAGUAUCGGUUUUUACGGGAGCCUAAUUCUUUACUCUUUACGGUAUGUCGAAAUGUAUCACAGUUCUAUCUAUUCAUCUUUUUGUUUAUAAAAAAAA